AUGGCGGCUGCAGAGCAUGUGAUAACAAUCAAUGAUGAAAGACCGAUGGAGCUCCCAACACUCCCACCCAACCAAGGUCUGGAGGCCGUCAAGGAUAUGGUCUUUGGAUCGGCGGCGGGAAUGGCCGGUAAAGUCAUUGAGUACCCAUUCGAUACUGUGAAAGUUCGACUGCAGUCACAGCCAGAUCAUCUCCCCCUCCGUUAUAACGGGCCUCUGGAUUGUUUCCGCCAGUCAUUCCGUGCAGAUGGCUUUAGAGGGCUUUACCGAGGCAUCAGUGCUCCUUUAGCAGGAGCUGCCGUCGAGAACAGCUGUUUAUUUUUCAGCUAUCGUAUCAUCCAGGACGCAUUAAAGGCCACCAUAUACUCCUCGACUGAUUCACUGCCUUUUCUCGCCUUAUUGUUUAGUGGUGCCGCGUCGGGAUCGAUCACUUCCCUUGCAUUGACACCAAUUGAGCUCAUUAAAUGCAAGAUGCAGAUUCCUGUCGAAGGAUCUGUCACCAGAGCACCUGGACCGAUGUCACUUAUUGUGUCUGUUUUCCGCCAGGAUGGGCUUUUGGGAUUCUGGCGGGGCCAGAUGGGAACGUUCAUCCGUGAAACUGGUGGAGGUGCUGCUUGGUUUGGAGGUUAUGAGGGGGUUUCUGGGCUCUUUCGGGCAUACUACUCCCCGUCGCCGAGUGCGAACAAAUCGACCUCCGAGUCGGUGUCUCUCCCGGUAUGGCAGCAAAUGGUUGCGGGUGCAGCUGCCGGGAUUAGCUAUAAUUUCUUAUUUUUCCCCGCCGAUACCAUAAAAUCGCGAAUGCAAACUGAGGAUAUGACACAGGCAGCUGUUCGUUGUGAGCGACAAACAUUCUGGGACGCAGGAAAGGCCUUAUGGAGACAGCAAGGGCUGAGGGGUAUGUAUCGGGGUUGCGGUAUUACGUGCGCACGUUCAGCACCCAGUUCAGCUUUCAUUUUUUCAGUCUAUGAAGGGCUACGGAACUACUUUCAAAAAGAAUUAGAGCUCCUCUCCACCAAAGCCAUCGCUGCUAAAGCCACCGCCUACUGCCCUUACUCUAAAUUCCGCGUCGGGGCAUGCAUACUUACGCAGACGGGCGAGUACAUCACUGGUGCCAAUGUCGAAAAUGUGUCAUUUCCCGUCGGCACAUGCGCGGAGAGAGUAGCAUUUGGAACUGCUGUUGUGGCCGGACAUCAAGAUUUCAAGGCCAUUGCCGUCACCUCGGAUAUCACGCCCGGAGCGUCACCGUGUGGCAUGUGUAGGCAAUUCAUGCGCGAAUUUACAACCCCGUCAUUCCCUGUAUACAUGUAUGACGGAGAGGGGAACCAUAUCAUGAUGACCAUGGGCGAGCUCCUCCCGAGCUCAUUCGGCCCGAAUGAUUUACCCAAAUAA